AUGGCUUCUAUUUCUGUAAGUAAGAGGGCCCUUCUAGCAGGAAUUGGCAAAUCGUACAGUGACGAGGAGAUGACUGAUAUUCUGUUUGAUUUUGGCUUGGAGUUAGAUGAAAUCUUAACAGAAGAUGGGGAGGUGAAAUAUAAGAUAGAUGUACCUGCGAAUAGAUACGAUCUAUUGUGCUUGAAGGGAUUGGUGUAUGGCUUAUUGGCGUACAUCGACUCAGUCCCUGCGAAAAUAGUUUCAGGUAAGAAGAUAUACGAGGCAGUGCAUGGGGACAGGCCAGAGAGCAGGCCGUAUGUUAAGAUGGCAAUCCUAAAGGGUGUCUCUUUAGAGAACGGAGGAUACUCUGAUUUAAUUAACUUCCAGGACAAGUUGCACCAGGGCCUGGGGCAGAACAGAAGGCUAAUGGCAAUUGGGACGCAUGACUAUGACAAGACAGUCAGGCCAUACACGUACACUGCAAUGGAUGAAGAUGCGAUUAAGUUUGUGCCUCUCUCGCAGGAAAGGGAAUACACCAGGAAGGAACUGGAUGUUUUGUACAAAGAUGACAGUAAGCUGAAGAGUUACUUAAAUUUAUCCCGGGAGAAUAAUAAGGUGCCUGUGAUACUGGACAGUGCAGGAAAGAUCCUUUCCCUUCCGCCUUUGAUAAACAGCGAAUUUUCAAAGAUAACUGAAAAAACAAAGAAUAUCUUCAUAGAGAUAACGGGAACUGACCUUGUAAGGGUCUCUACUGCAAUGAAUCUUCUUCUGCACCACUUUUCAGAGAGUACAACGGAGAUAGAGGAAAUAGUUGUUGAAAAUGGAGAAGAAGAUGUGCAGGCAGCAGCGCACUUCAGAAUUACCUCAGAAAUAGUGAAGAAAGAGCUGACACUGUCUCUCUCUUUGAGCGCAGUGAAAACCUACAUGGAGAGGAUGAUGCACGCAGUAGAGGUGCAGGAAGGCUCAACAGAAGCAGAUUGGUGCAUUAAUAUUAUUCCUACACAGCUUAGACCUGAUAUUAUGCACCAGUGCGACAUAAUAGAGGACAUAGCAAUUGCGCACGGAUACAACAACUUUGAAAGAACACUUGGAGACUCGUACACAGUUGGGAAGGAACUGCCUAUAAAUAAGAUGGCCCAGAGUAUUAGGCAGGAGUGCGCAAGAAUGGAUUACACAGAACUAUUUACAAUGGCACUUCUCUCAGCAGAAGACUACUUUGGGUUUAACAUAGAGAGACACAUUAAGGUAAAGAACCCAAAAAGCACAGAGUGCGAGGUACUCAGGCAGCACUUGAUUCCAUCUGUGCUAAAGUGCCUUAUAUCAAACCAGUAUUACCAACUGCCAAUUAAGGUCUUUGAGGUGUCAGAUGUGGGUGAGUUCGUGGAGAGUGAUGUGGGUGUGAGAAACAGAAAAAAGCUCUGCAUGGGAAUAUGCGGAAGAACAAGUGGCUUGGAGUCACUGCAUGAGGCAUUUGAUGUGCUCAUGAAGAGACAGGGAUUUAAUGUAACAUACAAGAAUGAAGACUGUGCACCGUUUGUUAAAGGCAGAUCAUGCAAAGUGCUUUACAACGGAAAGGAGAUUGGAUUCCUGGGGGUGCUUGAUAUAGAGAUACUUGCACACCACAGAAUGCCAUACGUGUGCUCAUUCGUGGAGGUGUGUCUGGACGAACUAAUGGAGUAG